GUUGAGAUUCUCGGUUACCCUACAAACAAUAAACCCGUUCCUCUUCUUCCCUCUCUUUUGUUUGUCUAAAAACAGUUGCUUCCCUGCUUAAUUUCGUUGUCAUGGACACUCCCACCCCUCUCUUCUCCUUGCUUUGUUUCUUCCUCUUCUCCCUCUUCUUAGGUGAGGAGCAACAUGUUGUUGAAGGGUCAAGGGUGUGGACCUUUGGUUUCAGACCCAACAUGUUGUUUGUGUUCGGGGAUUCCUACGCUGAUACAGGGAACAACAGGAAAGCUUUGGCAAGUUCCUGGAAACUUCCUUAUGGAAUUACAUUCCCUGGGAAACCUGCUGGCCGUUUCUCUGAUGGUCGUGUUUUGACUGAUUUCAUCGCUGGGUACUUGGGGAUUAAGACACCAGUGCCCUACAGAUACAGGAAAGAACUGGGUGGUCGUCUCAAGUAUGGGUUGAACUUUGCUUAUGGAGGAACCGGUGUUUUCGACACGCCAGCUCCUGAGCCAAACAUGACAACCCAGAUCGAUUUCUUGCAACAGCUUCUCAAUGACUCUGUCUACUCCAAGAGGGCCUUGAAAACUUCUGUUGCGCUUGUCAGUCUUGCAGGCAAUGACUACUCUAAUUACAUUGCCACCAACGGCUCCACUGCGGGAUUUCCAGCCUUCAUUGGAAGGGUUGUGAACCAACUGAAGGUGAACCUGAAACGCAUCCAUAACUUGGGAGUGAGGAAAAUAGCGGCGAGUGCACUGCAACCAUUGGGGUGCCUCCCUCAAAGCACUGCCCAAUUCUCCUUUGAACAAUGCAACGAAAGUGAAAACGCUCUGGUUGGUCUCCAUAACCAGCUCUUGGCUCAAGCAGUGAACGAUCUCAACAAAGAAACCAACAGCUCCUCUUUCUUCGUUCUUGACAUGUACAAUGCCUUUUGGAACGUUUUCAAUCAAAAACAAGCUCAUCAAGUGAGUCCAACAUUUGUGAAUCCAUUUGAGCCCUGUUGUGUUGGAGUGAGUGCCGCAUUUUCAUGUGGAAGUGUAGAUGAAAAUGGUGUGAAGCAAUACACACUUUGCUCCAAUCCCAAAUCCAAAUUCUUUUGGGAUACAGUUCACCCUACGGAACAAGGAUGGCGAGCUGUUUACUCAACUCCAGCUCUUCAAAGCAGUCUCAAGCAAUUCUGGUAGACAUUACCAUGAAAUGCUUACCUUUUAUCACUUUAUGAUGUUUUUACAUUUAGUUUCUUGGUAUCUGUCAAAUCCCUUUGUGAUCUCUUUAUUCAUUUGUGUUGGUAAAAAGUUGUAUGAAAUGAAUGGAAUAUUAAUAAUAAAAGUUCUUUUCCAA